CAACUCCUGCCUGUCCUUCCUUCCUUCAGCUCUAAUCACAGUCUCAAACUGUUACACUGACAGCAAUUGCUUAUGAUUUUCAAGGUUUCACAGCUCUGACAGAAAAGUUUAGCAUGAACACCAGCUUGGAUCGUGGUGCUGAUGAAUUAACACAGACCCUUAAUCACUACGUGGGUGACAUUGUUGAGGAAGUACUGGUGUUUGGAGGUGAUGUCCUGAAAUUUGCAGGCGAUGCACUGUUGGUGCUCUGGAAGGUGGAGCGUUGCCAUUUAAAUGACAUCAUCACUCUGGCACUGAAGUGUAGUUUCAGCAUCCAACAAGAGUAUGGUGUUCGUGAUACUGAAGUGGGACUCGAGCUACGAGUGAAGAUAGGACUCUCUGCAGGUCACAUCUCAAAAGUUGUCAUUGGUGACAACAGGCAACAACAUUUUGUGGUAACUGGCCGGGCAGUGGAUGAAGUACGGUUGGCCCAAAACUUAGCUAAAGCAAGUGAAAUUAUCCUGUCCCCCAACUGCUGGGAGCUCUGUGACAGGAACUUAAUUGAGGUAGAGAGAAUUAAAAAUGAACGAGCUGUCAAG